UCUAGCGGGUCAACGAGGCUAGCAAGCCACUCGACGGACUUCCCGUCAACAUGCUGUGGUCGCGGACGCGGUAGUUUGUUGGUCGCCCCUUGAAUCCAUGCAGGAAGGCGUGUCCCUGCAUCAUAAUGUCUCUCUCCGUGAGCAGUAAGAACUGGAAGCCCUCAACGAAAGAAGACGGCGGCGCUCUCAAGGACCGGAGUUCUGGGCUCAGUCGGAUCCAGCGGCUUCGGCGGCGACUCAGCUGCAGCUUCGGACGACUUUCGCUGUCCAAGGAGGUGAUCCUGCCCGACUACGACACGGAGAACGAGAAUGUGGCUGUGACACGAGUGACAAUGAACGGCUUCGAGAAGAGUGAGAGUGUGGAGGAUGGGGCUCUGGACAAUGCACGCAGCUCAACACCUAACAGCAAUGUAGCCGGGCGAGAGCCCAAUGGCAACUUGAGCCCUGUGUGUGAGGACAAGCUUCACUCUGAGCCUCCGGCACCCUUGCCACCACCUCGAACCUCUUCUUCGCACAGCUACCUCAACAAAGUCUGCAAAAUGGCUGCUCGAACAGAAGGCAAAGGCGGAGGCCACUGGCCCCGGCCGGCACCACACAGCAGCAGCUUCGACGAGUGCACCUCCAUGGAGUACCAGCACAUGGCAGCUGCCCGAAAACCUGCACGGCCCAAAUCUGAAAUUUUCUUCUCUCAAGAGAAGGGAUCCAAAACACCCCGGUGCCCUUCCAUGACGUUCGAGGGAAACAUGACCUUUGGUAGGAUCGAAGCCUAUGUACGACUAGAACAACUAGGAGAAGGUUCUUAUGCUACCGUGUACAGGGGUUACAGCAAUCUCAUGGGCAAAGUAGUCGCACUGAAGGAAAUCAGGCUGCAGCCUGAAGAAGGCACACCUUUCACAGCAAUCAGAGAAGCAUCAUUGUUGCGGGGUCUAAAGCAUGCUAAUAUAGUGACACUUCAUGACAUCAUUCACACUAAAGACACACUCACAUUUGUAUUUGAAUAUGUGCACACAGACCUUAGCCAGUACCUUGAGAAGCACCCCGGUGGGCUCAACCCCAAGAACGUCAAGCUUUUCCUAUUCCAGCUCUUGCGUGGUCUGUCCUACUGUCAUGAACGAGUCAUUCUUCACAGAGAUCUGAAACCUCAGAACCUUCUCAUCAGUGAACAGGGAGAGCUGAAACUUGCAGAUUUUGGUCUUGCCAGAGCCAAGUCUGUGCCUAGUCGUACUUACUCACAUGAAGUGGUCACUUUGUGGUACCGGCCACCUGAUGUGUUGCUUGGAUCAACAGACUACUCAACAUCACUGGACAUGUGGGGAGUGGGCUGCAUAUUCAUUGAGAUGAUCACCGGUGCAGCCGCAUUCCCUGGUGUCAAGGACACAACUGAUCAGCUGGAUAAAAUCUGGAGGAUCCUGGGGACUCCUACUGAGGAAACGUGGGAAGGUGUUUCUCGUUAUAAGAACUACAAACUUCAUAAAUUUGGCAUGUACCCAGGCCAGCCCCUAAAACAAGCCUUCCCUAAACUAUCGGAGAUACCGCAGGCUGACGAAAUUGCCAACAGAUUCCUCCAGCUUCAGCCACAGAACAGGAUCUCAGCUGUGGAUGCUAUGCGGCACAGCUAUUUUGCAGACAUGCCCCCCAAGGUGUACGAUCUCCCUGACCAGGCCUCUAUAUUUACAGUUCCUGGUUGCAAACUUAGUCCAGAGACUUACAAUCUCCCCAUGUCUGUGAUCAAGGCAGCGGCCAAACUGCGAUGUUAGCUGUGAUAGGACGUCCCCAUAGCCACCCAGUCUCCACCACCUGGGCGUCGGCACCACAAUAGUCACGCCCUUGGGUCACUUUGUUGAAACGUUGACAGGUUUAUCCCUGGAGCGCUUUUUUCAUUCCUGCCAACCAGACGGGGCAAACAGAGAAGCAGAGACAGCUCGUCCACUGAACUCGAAACAGUUUUUAUGAGUGUCAUCGUGGUCUUGUUGAUUGCCCACUGAAAACAUUUUUAAAGAGGUAACUUAUUUAAGGACUGCCGAGGCUCGCCAAUGUGUGUGCAUUUGUGUGAUUGUGUUUUGAGUGUGUUUUGAUGUGUGAGCAUGUGUUUGUGUUGUUAGCACAAGCUGACAAACCACCCCUUACUUCUCUUAAUGUUGUGGGAUGUCUGGGGUGAUUCGAUGUGUGUUUGCUUCAUGCAGAAGACAUCAGUUGCGGCUAACUGCAGGGCAACAAAUGUGUGACAGUUACCAGCUUUGUGUGCGUCCCACUUACUCUAUGCUUGUUCUCAUGAGUGAGCCAGAAGUUUAUGAACCAUUGCUGUUUCAGUCAGGACUGAGCACAAGGAAAAAGAAAAAAAAAAAGCCUUCUGCUGUCUUUUCUGACAUGCAGGCGAUUCUGUGUAGGGUGUUGGUGCAAACCGCAUGUCUUAAGUUUUUUUUUGUGUGUUUUCCCCUCACAUCUAAGUCUUUGGUGCUUAAGUCUGGAUUUGAGGCUGUUUCUGCAGCUUUUUCUGAUGAUUUUCUGAAUGGAAGAUUGGAAUACCAUGAAUUUCAGAGGAAGCACCCCUUUUGACAUGAAGAAAAUCAGGGGCAAAUUAUAGAGGAACCAUUGCUCGGGUCCACUCUCAGUCCUGAUAAUAGCAUGGAAAUUUUAAAUAUAUAAUAAUGAUAUUAUGUUAUAUCAGAUAUCUGUCACUGGUGAGGGCGGUGCUUGCUCAAAUUCUUGCUGUACUCAAAAAUGGUCAGAUGAGCAAAGAAACCUGCAAUAAUGGCUGAAACUUGCUAACAUUUCACUCUCAUAUGGAUAACCACGAGUUCAGAGGCACAUUUAGUAGCAAUGUCAGUGCCAGUGGUUAGCUAUGUGAUGUCUCAUUUUUUGAAGUUACAAAGUAUGUGAAGUAGAAGAGUAUAUAAGCAGCCCCACAUGAUUAUGUAAUUAAUAGCAUAGGGAGAUAAGAAAUUUGAACAAAGUAAAAAAAACCAUACAGCAGUGUGGCAGCCACUAGACAUACAGUUUGCAUUAUUCUGCAGAGUUUUUAUUGCAGUUCAAACAUCCACUGCAAGGACAUAGCAGAAACUUAACCCACACAGUGCACUUGAAUGUGGGAAGGGUAACCUGUUGAUAUUGCAUUUAAGUUUCGUUGCUGUGUUAAGAACAUCUUGUUCUGAGGAAUGAUGCACUAAAUCUUAUAUCAGUUUGGUCGCACAAUUUCUUAAUUCAGUAUUUGAUGAUCAUUCUUGAUGCAACUGGCAGUUCUCUUGCAUCUUUUUUUGCUCGAAUCUCUUGCUUUGUGUGCUCAGGUUACCUUAUUCUUUUUUUUUUUCUUUGAAAUGGCAGUUUGAUAUACAGGGCUUGCAGCAACAAGCAAACAACCAAGUUGGUGCAUUGAGAGUCUUCAACACCAGAGUGCUCUCUCCUUGUUCCUUGCAUUAGUUUUUCUUAAUGAAGCUCCACCAUAUUUAAGUUUAUCUGGUCAGUGAAGCAUAUAUGCAGUUGGUUUGUAGGAGUAGCAGUACACACCCUGUUGGCGUCAUCAGCCCGAGUGAUUUUCUAUAUGAGUGCACGACCGUCCCCACCAUAGAAGCUCGCUUGCCAAUCUGCCCUUGGAGAGCAAAUCGAUCGAAUUGUUUAUAUGGGGCUGGGUUUCUUUUUCCAAUGUCUCUGUGCCGUCCGUGCAAUUUUUUGGGUUUUCUUUGCACAUGCGUGUGUAUGCGCAUUGCAAAUUCUGCUCAUUGCCAUUUUUCAUCUGAUAUAUUCAGUCUAUGGAGCCUAGGGGCCUACUUGUCGCUUCUUGAGCAAAGCAACGUGAGUGUAUUUGCUAGUGGCGUCGCUCUCGAUCGAACACCCAUUCAAUUGCUCGCUUGGGGAGUAUGCCAUUCAUAGUUACAAGCUGGACUAGAAAAAACCAGACAUUCAAAGGUUUUGCAGCAUGAAACGGCACUCUUUCGCAAUGCUGGAGUGCAGUGGACGUGUAAGCUGCUGCUAGAGAAAAGAAAUGGGUUAGCUAGAAUUUAAGCACUCUCGUCUCCAAAUCUUGCUCUCGAACUAAUUAGAACAAGGUUGUUUUUACAUUCAGUAAUGUACUUUUUUUCUUGGAGUACUGUUGUCAAGAAAUGGAGGAGGGGCUUAGAAUUGCAGGAUGCAUAACAUAGCAUUAAUAUGGUGCACAUCCGAACCUGUUUUGUCAAACCCAGAUACAUUGCAUUGUUUGUCAAGCAGCGGAGCAGUAGUGAGAAAGUGGAGUUGUUUUUGGGCUAGUAUGUGCAUGCAAGAUUUCUGAAAGAAUAGAAGAUGUGCAAAAGCAGACACAAUCACAAGCAAGGGAGUGCGAACAAGUGCAUUGUGCACCAAAUUGAAAUGCACAAGCCUUAUAUUUGGUACAGCAAACAGCCUCCUAUAAUCACAAGAAGUUGGUUUUAGCACAAGAAUUAAAAGUAUUGCCUGUUGCAACAUCUUCGUGCACAAAAGCGACACCCAUGCCAUCUUGGUCUACCAGUUCUAGCCUCUUCACUUGUGAGAGUUGAGUGGAGGAGGUUUCAAAUCAGCCUUGAGUCAGUGUCUUCACAUUAUUGAAUGUCGAAUUAUUUUACCAUUUUUCUUGAAUUUGGUUUGUCAUGUCUGGAUUCUGCAAUUGGAUAUGUGGUUCUGUAAGGAGUGUAAAUCUCUUCUAGCUUACUUAACAGUGGUUGUCAUUGGGGGCGAGUUAAUGAUCCCCUGGUGGUCAAAAUUAAUCCGGAAUCCCUCACUACAGCGUGCCUAAUAAUCAAAUCAUGGUUUUGCAUGUAAAACCCCAGAAGCAGUGGUUGAACAAGGGACAUCGCUGGAGGCAACAUCUUGACAAGUCCCUUCAUCUAAGUGUUGGCUCCAGUGACGUCCCUUGUUCAACCACUGUUAUCACUUCGUCUCAUUUUUCUGUGAACUUCUGUCUUGUUUGGCUAGCUUAAUUUAGGCAUACGACUCUAAGUUUAACUGAAAGAAAAAAAAAUUAUUUGGCGAUUGUGACUCUGCAUGUAUUCAGCUCAAAUCAAAAAUUCGUAAGGGGCAUAUCCGGUGAUAAUGCUCUAUCACUUCCAAAGUGUGGCAAAUGGUGCUAUUUUUUCAUGAACAUAAAACUUGUUGCAGUAAUGCAUUAAUCUUUUUAACACCUGCCAUAGAGCACAACUUGCGAAAGUUCAUAAUGGAAUUGACCAUUGAGUGCGAACAGCAGAUUGCAGGUUGGAACAAGUUUCAGUGAAUAUAAUUUUAUUAUCAAUUAUUAUGAUUGGAGGCACAGCAGUAAACCUGCUUCUGUAAAUACAUAGUUAAAAAUGGCCUCGUGCCAAGUUACUAUGUUUACAAACAAAAACACAUUCGCAAAAGCUUGCUCAGAAAUGUCCCGUCUUGUCCUCAUUCCGAGUCCUUAAUGCCGCAUUAUUUCCAGCAAUUUGAAGUGCAUUUGUGUGCACCUCUAUAACAAUUUCAACCAUAUGGCAGGUGCGUUCAAACACUUUGGGAAAAAGAACAUGGCUGUUAUGGUAGUUUUUGUUCCUGAAUGCAAUGCACUCAAUGGUCAGCUUCCGCAUACAAGCUGUUCAUUAUGAAAUGUCUGCACUGAUGCCGCCAAGCACUGCUACCAGUCCGUCCCAGAACAGAUGCAUAUGACAAUAUUUCGCAUAUCUGAGUCUGAAAGGAGUGUAGGAUAAUCUAGCUAUCUACCGGGACAUGUAGAGUGCCAUUUCUAUUGCACCCUCCUGAAACAGGCCCAAGUGGCCCUUUUAAUGAACAUAUUAAAUAUUAAUUUCAUUUCUUUUUACUAAGGCCAUAUUUGUAAUGCUUUUUUUUUUCUUGUUUACUUUUAUAUUGAGGUGCUGUUGGUGAAAGUUGUCCUGCAUAUGCAUUUCGCCGACCGUCCAGUGUAACGUGACGCACUCACAAGAGCUCAUUCAUAAAGAACCAGCCGAUUUCUACACACAGCUCUGCCUGUCGUUUUCCUCCAUGUUCAUUUUUAUGCCUGCCUUGGACAGACCGCUUCCAUUGGCUAUUGUCACUGCCUUCGUGCCGCAUUAGACGCAUUGUGGGCACCUGUGCUGUGCGACAUCCGCUUUGUAUCUAGUCCUGGUUUUUGUUAGUCUCCUGCAGACCUCCAUUGCACAAAUACAACGGAAAUGACAUCAUUGCCUGACAUGACGGCAUCUGGCCUACCUGCUUCAGGUUGAAUGGGUAGCCAUUUCUAAUCCAUUCACCCCCUUCAUGGGAAGUGAAUUCUGUUGUACUUUCACCUCGGCAGCAAAGUUGGGAGUUAUCUUGGCGGUCAUCUUGAGAUUAAUUCUCAAUAUCGAGCCUGUGGUUUCACACGGGCAGUUUAUGAUGUCACUGCAUUGGAAUGGUGGCGCUAUUUGUCACCGCUAGAGCGAAACACAUUAUGCGGUGACAACACCACCAUUCUGUUGCAGAGAAAUCAGCAUCUUUUGAGCCGUGUCGACACACACUUGCUUGGAUUGGCAUUGCUUCAGGCAGAAUAUUCCAGCAUAUAUGCUCCCUUUGCUCAUGCAUCAAUGCUCGGAUGCGUCAUACCGAUUUUAUAAAUAUUUCCUACAUGUGUGAGCUUCUCGUGGCUAAACUUCACUUUCAAUUACCAGUUUGACAACUCUGCAUGCCUCCAUCAGGAGCAAUGGCCGCAUUGACAUCAAAGAAAUUAACAAAGCUCACAGCUUCUAUGGUAACCUCCUUCGUUUCAGAAUUCAAAUAGCCUUUUUUUUUCUCUCUCUCUUCCUGGUUGACACCCCGUCACAUGGGCACGGCAACCAAUUUUCAGGAUAGCAUGGGACCUGUUGUGGCACGAAGGCACUGGCAGUAUAGGCGCAGAACAGCUGUAUGGAUCAAGAGGCAGGCAGAAUGGGAAGCUGCAGCUGCCACUGGUGCAAACUUAAAGACCAUUGAAAGACUCUGUGCAGUCGCCAGCCGCAUUCACUUCUCUGCACAUGGGCUCUGGCGCCGAGUCUGUACCAGUACCAUUAUUCCAAUCUGUUGUAACUGGAAAUGCAAAUUCUGGGGUUGUAUUCUAGACCCUGUAAAACUCCGGCUUCUUGUCAAAUCUGUGGCACAAGCAGUUCUAAUUGUCCUCCUCCGCAGGAUGCAGGACAUUUGUGGCAAAUGUGACCAAGUAUCAAAUAGGGCGCAACGUUUACGUGAGAUUCAAUUACCUUUUGUGCUGGAUUUCCAAGGCAUUAUGCGCUGUCACACAUUUGCACCUGGUGUGGCUUUGUGGAUGGGUGUUCGUUCGAGAAAAGCUGGGUGUUUGCCAUGUAUAAUGUUGACCAUAUUUUUCUAGAACACGGGCCCUUUGGUGGUGCAGUUCAUCGCAUAGCUGUAGUGAGACAUUUUGCAGCUGGCUGCCAUUUAAUUUCUCCUUAGUGCCGUUGAUGACAAAUCUCGUGUUCUAGUAUGAUAUGUGGUCGACCUUGUACAUUUGCUCAUACAUGAGCAUGCCUGGCUGGGCUAGAUAAAUCUGUCCGUGACACUCUAGGGUGGCCUAAAAUACCUCUGGUUGCUGGGAGACCAUGGUGUACGAGAAAUCCGUCUCGUUUGCCAUGCGACUAUACGUCAAGGAUUUGUAGCCUACACCUUAGCCUACCCUGCUGUAAACAGACAUGUAUGAAAAGUGUUGUCCAUUGAGUUUCCUACACACUGCUGUUAUUGAGAUACCGUUUCGUGCGAGCGCCUAAAACCUGUAUUCUUGUGCUUAGGAUGUAGAGCGCUUGUAACGAGUUGCGGUGUCCUCGUUGAGCCCUCUUGAUGUCCGCGGGCUUGUAGUGCUUGUUGUGCCCUGAAGCGUUAAGCCAGUGUACUUGCGGCGACCUUUUAAGCCGCUCACAAAAGGAAUAUGGUCGUUCUGGGAGAAGAAAAAAAAGAAAUGCUCAAAAAGUGAAUGCUUCGGUCCCGUGGGCAAGGCUGUCAAACAGUCUGUGGGGCCGACAUGGAUUUCCAUGCUUGGGAGGCACCCCUGGGCAAACAAAUUUGUUGUGUUCAUUGCGGCGAUAUGUAGUCCGCUCGUUUUACGGUUGCCGUACUUCAAUGCACUUCAUGUUGCCUUGACCUGUGGCGCGCCAGGCCCGAGCUGCAGAUCACCAUGUGGCAUGUAAUAUUUUAUCUGCCCUAAAGUUACAGAAACUUGCCAUAUCUCCAGCCUCUCACUUUGUAACCCUCUGAAUCGAGAAAAGAUGGUGCACUGGGGUGAUGCAACAUGCUAUUUUACUACAUUGUAACUGAUGUUUACACCCUCCCUAGCGUUCACCAGAGGACAUGACUGUGUGCAAUGGUAACCAUGGCUAACGUGAUUUGUCAUGUGUGUUCUGUUUUGUCCUAGAUUACUGGCUUAUUUCUUUGUUACCGUCACGUGGAUAAUUUAGCUUAAAUAAUGCACUGGACGUAAAUUUAGAAGCCUGCCGUUUUUAAGAUUACUCAUUUAUGAAAGGUUCGCACUUAUUACUUCAGUUUUCCAUGCAAUUUGAUGACGCUUUCUUUUGUCUUCUGGUGACCGAUAUGCAAGGCAUUCUGCAGGACCGAGCGCUUAGUCUGGCUUCUUGUGUGUCAAUGCUAUGGCAUUCGACAGUUGUGCGAGAGAGCAGCAGAAGUAAAACCUCACAAGAUUGGGCUCUUAUUUAUUUUUAUUUUUUACCGUCGCUGCCAUCUUUCUCAAAACUACUUUUACGUUAGGUCUUCACUAAUGAGGUACACGUGAAAUGGAGACAUGGAGCACAUACGUCGUAUAUAUAACAUGCCAGCCAGUGUCUCAAAAUUGAGUACAAAUUGCGUUCUGCUUGAACGAGAUUUUGAACGAGGCAAGACGUGGCGAGUUAGAGCUAUUUCACGCCGGCGGGAGGUUAGAACUGCAAUCUGUAGGAUGCCACACGUAUCGCCUUUUAUAGGGAACCGUAAAUACGCAGUGUACGCAGACUUGUCUUUCAUUUUCUCUCACUGGUGUGGCUAGUGCAGUGACACGAAUUCUCGAAGUGGCAGCAAGUCCUCUGGUCACCCAGGGUUCAAGGCAACCUGAAGAGCUGCGCUCGUUGUGUGUGGCACCUUUCAUUCCCAGUGCACAUUUGCUCAUUGCGUAUUGGUUGGAGUGUAAUGAAUCUGCUCAUUGGUCUGAAAAGAUAUUACGUUGUGAUAACGGCGUGCUUGCCCCACUAUUUAAGGGUCGUGGCACUCCUCUCAGCACAGUGCUGUGUGUGCGUGUGCGAUGAAGUAUAUAUUAUACUAUGUAUACCCCGUGAGAGAACUUGUCGUUUUAAGUCAUGUUGCUCGUUUACCAUCUGUUUACCAUCUGGCUGUUUUGUUUCUUGACAGCAGCAAACUUGUGGGGAGGGAGGGGGGGGGGGGGGGGAUUCUUAUGCUGUAUGCUUCAUGUUUCACAUAUCCAGUAUGUGGUCAAAUACACAGUGGCUGGUCACCGUACCUUGCCCGUCUGGUGUGUCGUGUCUCAUUUCCCAGCCUGGACAGAACGCGCUUAAACGACAGCACCUCGUGAAUCGCGGUGUUAAUAGCUGGCCUGAACUGGCUUUUGAAUGGGUCAGCGUUAAUAGGUGAUUGUUCUCGAGUCGCCCAGAAGCCUUCAUCGCUUUGAAAUGCAGUUCUUUGCAAUAGUAAGCAUACAACCCAAAAGGUAAAACCAUCGUCUGCAGGCCAGAGCGCAAGCAAGCGCGUAACGAUCAAUAGAUUCGUCACCACCAAAAGCUUUGUAACAGUUCUGGAACCUUCACCUUCUGGCCAAUAUUGCCUGCUGAGCGUAACUUGUAUUGUACAGCCAGCUUGAGCUGUCGUUGGUUAUUGUAAGAGAAACAGUCAUCGAAGUGAUAGAACGUCAUUGAUCUGGGGCACAGUACUAGACAAU